AUGGUACUCUCAGUUGCUGGCAAGAAUGCCAUCAUCACAGGCGGUGGAUCAGGCAUCAACUUGGAAUUUGCCAGGCUCCUUCUCGACAUAGGCUGCUCAGUCCUCAUAGCCGACCUCCACUGUCGCCCCGAGGCUCAGUCCCUGCUGGACCAAUUUCCCCCUUCUUCCUCCGACAAGCCCCAAGCUGUCUUCCAUAAGACGGACGUCACCUCGUGGCCACAGCUGACCUCGCUGUGGAGUACAGCCCUCACCCACUUCCCCAGCAUCGACAUUGUGGUGCCCGGCGCAGGCAUCUUCGAGCCCCAGUGGUCGUCCUUCUGGGAUCCGCCCCAGUCCGAGAGCAACCCUUCCUCUGCGUCGAGGGACGACGCCAACGGCGAGCCGGGACACUAUGCCGUCCUGGACGUCAACCUUGCGGCCCCCAUCCGGCUGAGCCAGAUGGCCAUCGGCCACUGGACCUCGCACAAGCAAAAGGGGUGCCUGGUGCAUGUGGGCAGCAUCGCCGGGUACUGCACCGCCAUCAACACGCCCCUGUACUUUGCCAGCAAGCAUGGCCUGCACGCGUUUGUGAGAUCCCUUGGUGGCCUCCGAGAUGAGCUUGGCAUCAGGGUCGGGUGCGUGGCACCAGGUAGCGUACGCACACCUAUGUGGGCGGAGGACCCAACCAAGGCCUGCUUGGUUGAUGAGAACACAGUCCUCAUUGAGCCAAAGGAGAUUGCCGAGGCCAUGUAUAGCCUGGUCGUGGACGAGAACCUGGGCAACGGGACGAUAUAUGAGUGCGGCAAGGGAAGCACGAGGGUUGUGCCUGAGUACAAUUUGGAUCCGCCGAACGUCGCUGGCGCGAUGGUGCCGGGGUAUGAGAACGCUCAGCGAGACUUGUAUGAGAAUCUGAGGAACAAUGGCAUGAAGGUGUGA